UUAAUUAACACAUCACUAGAAAGCAGAGAAAACAGGAAACUUUUGCACUUCGCAAGAAGUUACAAAAAAAAAAAAAAAAAGGAACAGAUAUAAACUCAACAAGAUGGUCGACUACAGCAAAUGGAAAAACAUAGAGAUUUCCGAUGAUGAGGACGACACACAUCCCAACAUUGAUACGCCUUCGUUGUUCCGAUGGCGGCAUCAGGCACGCGUGGAGCGCAUGGCCGAAAUGGAUAAAGAAAAGGAUGAGCUGAAGAAGAAGCGUCAAAGCUAUCAAGCUCGUCUCAUUGAUGUAAAGCAACGCAUCGGAAAGAAGGAGGGCGACGAGGCCGCACUUAAAAAGGAGCUGGAGAAGAUCGAGAAUGAAGGCAAAGAACUGGAUCGAAUUGAGAAUGAGAUGCUUAAGAAAGAGAACAAGACUCCCUGGAAUGUGGACACAAUAAGUAAGCCCGGUUUCGAGAAAACUGUCAUUAAUAAAAAGGCGCCGCGUAAACCCGACGAGAAUCUGUCCGAGGAAGAGCGCGAGAUUCGGAUGAAGCAGUUUAUCAAGGAGAACGAAUCACUUUGCAAAAAAUAUGGAAUGUUCCGCAAAUACGAUGACUCCAAAGAGUUUCUCCAGAAGCAUACCCAGCUAGUGUGUGACGAUGCAGUCAACUAUCUGGUCAUUUGGUCCAUUAACCUGGAAAUGGAGGAGAAGCACGAACUGAUGGCCCAUGUGGCGCAUCAAUGCAUUUGCAUGCAAUACAUUUUGGAGCUGGCCAAGCAAUUGAAUGUGGAUCCCAGAGCUUGUGUCAGUUCAUUCUUUUCGAAAAUUCAAAACUGUCUACCUGAAUAUCGCCAGCAAUUCGAAACGGAGAUCAGAGAUUUUAAGGAGAGAAUUAAGAAUCGGGCACAGGAAAAGAUUCAAGAGGCUAUGGCUGAGGCUGAGGAGGAGGAGAGAAAAGAACGCAUGGGACCUGGUGGCUUGGAUCCAGCAGAUGUAUUUGAAUCCCUGCCAGAUGAGCUUAAAGCCUGCUUCGAGUCGCGUGAUGUGGAACUGCUGCAAAAGACCAUAGCGGCCAUGCCUGUGGAUGUGGCCAAAUAUCAUAUGAAACGGUGUGUCGACUCGGGUCUCUGGGUGCCGAAUGCUGCUGAUGCCGAGGCGCCAGCUUCUUCUGGCAGCGGUGUCGAGAAAACCGACGAUGCCAAGGAGGAGAGCGCCAAGGAGAAAGAAGAGGGGGAGGGUGAUAAGACCAAGGAAGAGCCGAUUUACACUGGGGUCAGCACAGAAGAUGUUGAUUGAUUGCAUGUACCGUUUAUAGCCUUUCUUUCUUGCAAGUUCCAUCAACAGGUCUAUCGUAAGCUUAAUUCUAAUCUGCUAAUCUGUAUCUCCUCCCCCACAGUCGCAUAAAGUUUGAGUUUAGUAGUUUUGUAUAUAUAAUUUUUGAAUAAAGUCAGAGCGAAAUUCUCAGUA